GCGCCCCCCCUUCCCCCGGCCUCGCCGUGCGUGGCGCGCGGGGGCAGGGGCAGGCGCGCGAGCCGUCUCGCCACCCGCGCGCGUGCGUGAGUGACUGCGCGGACGAGCGGCCAUUGGGCGCGCGCGACCUUUAGGGGCGCGCGGCCGUUGGGCUCGCGCGCCCGCGCGCGUGUGUGUGCGUGCAUGGGGCGGUAAGGCGCCUUCCCGCAGCCCGCGCCGCUCUCGCCGGAGCGCCGGCGGCCGGGCAGGGCAGGGGGGCCCGGGCCGGGAGCAGGGGCAUGGAGAGCCUGCUGGAGAACCCGGUGCGCGCCGUGCUCUACCUGAAGGAGCUCACCGCCAUCGUGCAGAACCAGCAGAGCCUCAUCCACACCCAGCGCCAGCGCAUCGACGAGCUGGAGCGGCGCCUGGACGAGCUGAGCACCGAGAACCGCAGCCUCCGCGGGCAGCAGCCGCCCCCCGCCGAGCCGCCGGCGGCCCCCGCGCCGCCCCAGGGCCCCCAGCCCGAGCAGCCCCCGCCGCCGCCGGGCCAGCCCGACCCGCUCCAGCACCACCAACAGCUCCCGGCGCAGCAGCAGCAGCAACAGCCCCCGGGCAAGCAGGCACCGGCGGGCCCCGGCGGCGGCGGCGGCCGGGCUCCCGGGCACCAGCACCCCCCGCUGCAGCCCCACCAGCACCCCGCGGAGAAGGACGGCAGGGAGAAGGGCUGCUGCGCCGCUCUGCUCCAGCACAAGCCCCCCCAGGCCAUCGGCAAAGGCGUCCUGAGCAGGAGACCGGAGAAUGAAACUGUUUUACACCAGUUCUGUUGCCCAGCAGCUGAUGCAGAGCAGAAGCCUUCCUCUCCAGACUCCUCACCAAGUGAUGAUCCCUGCGGUUCCACAAGCAAGAAAGCCAGGUGUGAAACGGAGGAUCCGAAGGAGACCGGCAGACACAAUGGCCAGGAAGGCAGGUCCGACACCCUGACGCUAAAAGCCCAGCAUGCGGAGCUCCAAGAAGAGCAGGCAGCGGGGUGUUCCCCUCUGGUGCAGAAGGCGAGCCUCCACCACACGGGCUCCCCAGUGAGAGUGCAGCACAGCAAAGGGACGGCCUCGUGUUCCCAUGCGGCUGCCUCCGAUUAUGAGCUCUCCCUUGACCUAAAGAAUAAACAGAUUGAAAUGCUAGAGCACAAGUAUGGAGGUCACCUGGUGUCUCGCAGGGCAGCCUGCACCAUCCAGACCGCUUUCCGGCAGUACCAGCUCAGCAAGAACUUUGAGAAGAUCCGCAACUCACUGCUGGAGAGCCGCAUGCCACGCCGUAUCUCUCUGAGGAAAGUCCGGGUCCAAAACUCAGAGAGCUUCUCUGCUGAGAAAGCCCUGGUAGAGGGAUACAACUUUGUGGGCAUUCCUUUGGUGAGGUCCCCAUCUUUGCCAGCCACCAUCAGUGGGGCACUGACUGAACUGGAGGACUCCUUCACAGAACAAGUUCAGUCUCUGGCCAAGUCCAUUGAUGAUGCCCUCAGCACCUGGAGCUUGAAGACGAUGUGUUCUCUGCAAGAUGGGAGCUCAUACCAGAUCAGAGAGACCUUCAGUGCCAGCUCGAUGCAGCCAAACCAAGACUUAGAAGCUGAGCUGCAGGAUAAGGAGAAGGAGGAAGGGCUCCUGCCAGACACCCUGCCCAAGAGCAGCAGCACUCUCAUGAUGGCCUUCCGGGAUGUCACUGUCCAGAUCGACAACAAGAACAUCUCUGUCUCAUCGUCUACCUCGGUGUCCAUGGCAAACUGCCUCAGCAGCAAUGCCCAGGCUGGGCUCUCUCAAGCCACCAAGACUGAAGAACCCUCAGGAGAAGGGGAGGGAGAAGUCAGUGAGCCACAGACUGCCCCAGAGAGCUUACCUGAGUCCAGAGCUCUCCAGAACAGUCACACUUUCACCGAGGUGAACAUCAGCACUAAUGGCAUGGGAGACAGCAGUGCUGAGCCCGGACAGAUGGCAGUGCAGAAGCUCCAGUUUGAUGCUAACAACGAGACGGGGCAAAGCAAAGGCUCUGAGUCUGAGAAUGUGGACAACUCGGAGCAGCUGAGCAGCAGCAGCACCUCUACUUCAGCCAAGUCAGCCUCUGAGGUUUCCUCGAAGGAAGCACUGCAGGCAAUGAUCCUCAGCCUCCCACGGUACCACUGCGAGAACCCAGCCAGCUGCAAGUCCCCCACACUUUCCACAGACACCAUGAGGAAACGCCUCUACCGCAUUGGGCUGAACCUCUUUAAUAUCAACCCAGACAAAGGGAUCCAGUUCCUGAUCUCCCGAGGCUUCAUCCCAGACACCCCCAUUGGGGUGGCACACUUCCUGCUCCAGCGGAAGGGCCUCAGUCGCCAGAUGAUUGGGGAGUUCCUGGGCAACAGCAAGAAACAGUUCAACAGAGACGUCCUGGACUGCGUGGUGGACGAGAUGGACUUCUCGGGCAUGGAGCUGGAUGAAGCACUGCGGAAAUUCCAGGCCCACAUCCGCGUGCAGGGGGAGGCACAGAAGGUUGAGCGGCUAAUUGAGGCCUUCAGCCAGAGGUACUGCAUGUGUAACCCAGAUGUGGUCCAGCAGUUUCACAACCCAGACACCAUCUUCAUCUUGGCCUUUGCAAUCAUCCUCCUCAAUACGGACAUGUACAGCCCCAACAUCAAGCCUGACAGGAAGAUGAUGCUGGAGGACUUCAUUCGCAAUCUGAGAGGGGUGGAUGAUGGUGCUGACAUCCCACGGGAGCUGGUGGUGGGGAUCUACGAGAGGAUCCAGCAAAAAGAGCUAAAAUCCAACGAGGACCACGUGACUUAUGUCACCAAAGUGGAGAAAUCCAUAGUUGGAAUGAAAACGGUUCUCUCUGUGCCCCAUCGCCGGCUAGUCUGCUGCAGCCGCUUGUACGAGGUAACCGAUGUGAAUAAAGUGCAGAAGCAGGCGGCUCACCAGAGGGAAGUUUUUCUCUUCAAUGACUUGCUGGUGAUCCUCAAGCUUUGCCCCAAGAAGAAGAGCUCCUCGACCUACACAUUCUGCAAGUCAGUUGGCCUGCUGGGGAUGCAGUUCCAUCUCUUUGAGAAUGAAUAUUACCCCCAUGGCAUCACACUGGUGACUCCAGUUUCGGGCUCAGAGAAGAAACAGGUACUACACUUCUGUGCUCUGGGUGCUGAGGAAAUGCAGAAAUUUGUGGAAGAUCUGAAAGAAUCAAUAGCAGAAGUGACAGAGCUGGAGCAGAUACGAAUUGAAUGGGAGUUGGAGAAACAGCAAGGGACAAAGACUCUGUCAUUAAGGACCAACGGAGCCCAGAUGGAACCACAAUCUAAGCAAGGAUCUCCAACAAGCAAGAAGGAUUUGGGAGAGAAGGUCUCGGACAGCACAGUGGAGGUGUCAAUUCACAACAGGCUUCAAACGUACCAGCACAACUCCGCCCUGGGGCCCGAGAGUGGAAUGCAGCCCAGCACGCGUCUUAAUAUGCCACGGGAGCGGCUGGAGACAGCACUGGUGGCCUCGCACCCCGCCUCAGCGGGGACACUUGUACAGUGCCAGCAGAUUGUCAAAGUCAUUGUCUUGGACAAGCCGUGCCUCGCUCGAAUGGAGCCGGCCCUCAACCAGACUCUGACACGCUAUGUCACCUCUGAUUCCUGCAGCUCCACCCCCUGGCGCAGCACAGGCAGCGAGCUCCCUGGGACCCCCAUGAAGCUAGUCCAUCAGCCUCCCCUCCCACCUCCACCACCUCCUUACAAUCACCCACACCAAUAUUGCCCCCCCAGCUCCCUGCUUCAGAGGCGCAGGUACUCCAGUGGCUCACGCAGCCUUGUGUAGCCACACCACCAGCACCAAAACAGCACAGACUUCCUCCCUUCCCUUCCCCACCAUCUUCCUGGAACCCCUUCUGCCUACAGAGAUCUAGUUUGUGAUUUAUUUUUUAGUAAAAGAAGAAGAAAAGAGAAAAAAAUUGCCAACCAACCUAACUCUUACCCAGUCUCCCCUUGAGAUGAUGCUAAUUGUGAGGAGCCAUCUGUAGAAACUGCUGACCUACAUGCUCACACAUCCUCACACCCUACCAGCCUCCUGCGCUCAUGCCCUCCUCAUGUAGCACUUUGUUGCCCUGUUCCUGAGAGGCUUGAUGACCUGCUGCUUUCUAGGCACUGUGUCUUCCGUUUGCUGCUCCUCGACCCCCUCCCCCUGCCUUGCAUUUACCUGGCCAUAGGUUUAUACCUACCCCAAAACUUCAGCAGCCUCAGAGAGGGACAGACUCACCCAUGCCAAGGCCCAACCUUGGGUCACUUCCAGGGCUGGAGUUCCCCCUGCCACUGCUGCUGUUGCUGCCUGCUAAGCUGGAGCUGAGAAUUUGUACCACUUGCCAUGCUUUCUCUUCAUCGCUCUUCAAUAUUAUCUCCUUCCUGCAGCAGAUGGUUCAGAGCGAGGGAGUGCACUGAGAGCAUGAGACGAAAAGAGACUGUCCUAAGCUGCAGUACAACGCAAGGAAGGCCUCACUCUGAACAUCAAAACUGUUUCUGUUGUUAUAUUGGAGCAUUGUACCAAGAGACCUCUGCUGAGACCUAGCAGACCUCAUCACAUGUAAAUACACCUAUAUGGUAGAGUAUGUACGGAGCAUGCUUACUAAAGGAAACACCAAGCAGUUCUGAGGGAGCAGAAGAGGGACAUUAAACCCAGGGACCUUCCUGGGAUGGAUGGGCACUUUUCCAAAGAGAUGGCACCAAGAGGUGCCCUCCCACCCAAACACACACACACACACACACACACACACACACACAAAAGGAUGGUCUUCUCUGGCAUGAACGGUACCCACCUCUGCUUUCCCCCUUGUAGCUGGUUUGUGUUUCCUUCCCACCUGAUUUUUUAUAUUCUCAGAGAAAAGCCAAGUGUUAUGUUCACCUUGUGGGAUGGAUGAUCCCUUCUCUUGGCCUCUUCCUCCUGUGUUAGAGGGAAGGGGCUUUUUGGAGCCCACCCACGUGAGGUCCCAGCUGUAUCCCUUACCUGGCUAUAUACCCUCGCCCCAUCAGCCCUUCCUGUAGGAAAGCUCCAUACACACUAGGCUCCAAGGCCUCUUCUCCUCCCUCGCUCCCUAUCACAGUUUCAAAAUGAGAGGAGGGGAAGAUCCUGAGACAGAGAUGACAGCUCAGUUCUACUGCUUUAUUGGGGACAUUGAUGUGCAGGAAGAAGGCAUUAAAAAUGGGCUAUUUUUAGAGAAAAAAAAACCCUGAGAAAUAGGGAGGGGAAGGUAUUAAUUAGCUUAAAGGCUUUGGUCUCACUCACUUGCUCUAUCUCCCUUCGAGGCUUAAGAAGAUCAACUUUAGGAUUUUAAAAUAGGACAGAAUGCCUUUUAUGGCCUUUAGUCUUAUUUUAGAGGGAAAGAAAGAAAUGCUCUUCCUUCCCGUGUGAGGCUGAGACAUGGGCGCCAGGUGCUGAUGACACAGCUGUUGCAUGAGGAAAGAUAAGGGUUGUUGGCAGUGGUGUGGAUGUGCAAAAUGUCAGUGAAAGGAGGACAGUGACAGGCAGAUGCAGGAAAGAUUUUUUGACCUUAUGGGGUAAAAGAAAGCAGCAAUUUUCUUAACCGAUGUUCCACCAUGCUCAUCUCUGGGACUAUUACCAGUGGCCAAAACCACAGUGCAUCAGGACCUGGCCUGCCUCAGUGCUGUUUGGAUGCCCUCUGGCUCUGCUGAAACAUUCAGAGGAAAGCUCAUGUAUUUGUCCUGGGCACAAGCCCAGCUGGGGUUAGGAAAGCAGAGAGGGGCUGGAGUGAAGGGUUCCCUGUGCUUAGCUAGCCCUCCAGGACAGAAAGCCUGCUCACCUCCAGCUCCUCUUACUUCUGAGCUUGACCCAUAUACCCAGAUGUGCCAGCAGGUCUGUCCUGGCUGUUUGCUUAGCUGCGUGGUACAGGACAUUAGGCUGCUGCUGUUAUACGUAAUAGCAGAUGUAUUGACCAGGAACCAACAGGCACAGCCCCAGGGAGGCCUAUGGAAGCAGGAGACUGAAAACUUGUAGAAAAAAACCCUGGAUGAAAGCCCCGUCUCCCUCCAUACCAGAGAAGCUUUCUUCUGCCAAGUCCCCAGGGCACUGAGGAUGCUCCACAUUCACAGCCAGACCCACAGAGAGGUCCUCACCAUCUCUGCAGGACAUGGCCUCGGCCAGGGCUCAGCCCCUUGUCCUCCAGCUACCUGAGAAAUAUGGCUCACCUAAUUUGCCACUUGCUCUGUCCAGGGUGGCAACCCGCCAUAUUUGUGGUAGCCAGGAUCUCAUCUGACAUGCCUAUAGCUUCCUGGAAAAGCUUAAAUGUGGCAUCCACUGUUGUCCAGUCUGCCAUUUUAUUUUUGCUCACUGCUGAGGUAAAAGUGAUGGUAUGCAAGGAGCACUGGCACUGCUUUUCCUUCUCAGCAGUCACUUUGCUGUCUGAAAGGAACAGCAGUGCUCAUUUGCUUAUUUUUUCCCACAGUACAGUGAGCCAUGGAAGGGGUGUGUGUGUGUGUGUGUGUUUUUAAAUAAAUAAAUUAGAUUUUACUUGAUAUUUAACACAAAGUGACAACAACAAAAACCUUAAGGUACUUGAUGAAAUAAUUUUUUUAGAUAAAAUAUUUAUAACAAUGCCUAAGAAGUUCCUGCAAAAGAGAUUUGCUGCUUUAAUAAAUGAUUGGGAAAUCUACAAGAAUGUAAAAAAGAAAUAAGGAAGCUUCCUUGAGAUUCCUGUCUUAAUGCUGGAUGGAGGAUGGAGGCGCAUUAAAUAAGUGCCGAGAUACCUGAGGCACAACAGUUUCUCAGGGCAAGUUGGCUCCCUUUCCCUGACCUUGCAAAGGAUAAUUUUAGCCUAGAGCUUUGGACAGAGAAGCAACCGUAGAUAACCCUUGCUGUCUUCUAGCCUGCUGGACGCAGCAUCUUCUGUAAGGGUCAGUUGGAGAGAUACCAAAUCAUUUUAUUCCAGGUUCUAGUAAAAGAGUUUGCUCUAAAUCCUAUUGUGUAGCUGAACCCUUCAGACUUCACUUCAAAAUAUGGAUUUCUCUUUUCCUUUGAAGGUUGGUCUAGAAGGAUAACAAGCACUUUAAAGCAUGUCUACAUCUCAUCUGGUCUAUUGUAUUGUCUGCUCCCACAGCCCUCCCACAUGCGAGUAAGCCCACAGACUCAGUAUACCUGUAGUGCUGUGAAGACACCCUUCACACAAACUAAUCGUUGACAGGGUGCAAGCUAGAAUGAGUACGUUAGUGACAGCCUAAUGAAGGGCAAAAUGUACACAGCAACUCACCGUGAGGGAUCGGCCCAAAGAAAAAUCAUCAGCAGCUGGCAGCAGUGAUUCUGAUCAUGAGCCUAGCAUGAUCUUUCAAGUAGUGGAAUCAGGUAAGAAGCUGCUGCAGAGAUAAGAUUGACCAAAAUGAACCAGUGGUUUUUGUUGCUGAAUUCAUAUCCUUCUAUAUUAGAAAAGGAGGGAGGAGGAAAGAAAAGACCAAUAAAGAGAAUUUUGCAGUAAGUGUCCAAUACUCAGUGGCCAAACAAAAAGGUGGCUCUGCUGGAAGGUGGAAAAGAGCAAAGUGCUACUGAGGUCUAGACAGCUGUGUCAGGCAAAUCUUCAGACUCUGUCCUGAUUCUCUCUUGCUCAUGCUGGUGCAAGUCCAGUGAAAUUAAUUUGUUUACUCCAGCAGCAAAGCGAUGGAAAAAUGUGACAGAAGCAUCAAACCUAGCACAGACAGGUUGGGUUUAAUGCAGUGUUUGGCUGCUGCUGUAGUACUUCUAAUGCUGUAGUUUGGGCCAGUGCUGUAGCAACCUUGAGUACAUCCUGCAAGACCUUUGAAGCAUUCCAUCGUGUAUGUUUUAUCCUCUUCCUGUAGGUGGAAGGUGUGGGUAUGGUCUGAAAGCAGUAUUUCAUCAAUACUCAGACUUCCUAAUGGAAAAGUACCACCAGAUUUGGAAGUAUUUGAGAGCCUCUAAGCUAUAGGAGUUUGAGUUUUGUUUUGUAUUUUUUCAGAAGGCUUGACCUGCAGUUAUCUGAACAUGUUUGUGAGGUUUCCAAAACAAAUCUGAGCCCUAGAUUGAGGAAGCUGCUGCUUGGGAGAGUCUCUGCUUUGAAAUGGGAGUUGCUGUCUGACCCUGCUGAGUGAGAUCCCCUGCUUCCUGCUCCACCAGCCACCCACUGUGCUAGUGUAAGCUCCAGGGAUUGCCGGCAGUGUUUCGUGAGCUAGAGCUGCCCUUGUCCUGCCCGCUCUUCCACAGCCAUGCCUGGGACAGCAGCUUUGAAAUCACCCAGCUCUUCAACACUAGUCACAACUCCAUCUGAAUGUGUCUUUUUAAAAAGCAAAACUAACAACAGAAGUGUUACCUGUGUGUAGGCUUUUGAAAGCACCUGUCUGUCUGUCUGUACCUGUUUCCUGCUGUAAAUAUCACCAAGAAAAGCUUCCUCCGGGAAAAGUGGUGCGGUCACACCUAGCAAAGAAUCCAAAUGGCUAAUAUUUUGUAACAAAAUAACAAAAAUAGAUCAGAAGUAUUUUAUCUGUUCAAUUCAUAGAGUUUUAGAAAUUAUAUUGAGAUAUGUCA